AGCGGGCGAGCGGCUGCCCCUCGGCCGGAGGGCGCGCUCGCCCCCGCGGGGGCUGGAGGCGCUCGUGGGCGGGCGCCGAGGGCAGGCGGCGGCGCCGUGGGCGCGGGGCGGCGUCCCCUACCGGCGGCGCGGCCCCCUCCUGCGGCGGCGGCGGCGGCUGGGGCCGGGCCGCCCCGCACCCGGAAGCGGGCGGCGGCUGGUGUCGGUGCGCGGCGAGCGGGGCCGGGCGCAGGAUGCGAGGCGCCGCUGCCGCCCUGCCCCCCUGCCCGCUCGCAGCCAGCGCCCGAGGAGGAGGAGGAGGAGCAGCCGCGGGCGGAGCGGCGGCAGUUGCAGCAGCCGCCGCCGCUGCGAGAGCAUGAGCGGCUCCGCGGCCAAGCAGCCCCCCGGCGCGGGGUCCGCCGCGGAUCCCGCCGCCGCCGCGGAGAAGGCGGCCGGCGAGCCGGCGCCGGAGCCGCCGCCGCUGCUGAGCGUGGACGUGACCGGCUUGGUGUCGCAGUUCGCCAGGAGCUUCGUGCUGAUCUUCCCCGUGUAUGUGCUGGGCUACCUGGGACUGAGCUUCAGCUGGGUGCUCAUCGCCCUGUGCGGGCUCUUCUGGAUCCGCCGGCACCGCGGCGGCAAGACCUCCCGCCUGGGCCGGGCGCUCGCCUUCCUGGAGGACGAGGAGGAGGCGGUGCGGCUCAGCGUCUCCUCCGCAGAGCUGCCUGCGUGGGUCCAUUUUCCAGAUACGGAGAGGGCAGAAUGGCUCAAUAAGACCGUAAAACAGAUGUGGCCUUUUAUUUGCCAAUUCAUUGAGAAACUCUUCCGGGAGACCAUAGAACCAGCAGUAAGAGGAGCAAACAACCAUCUUAGUACCUUCAGUUUUACAAAGAUUGAUAUUGGUCAUCAGCCUCUGAGGAUAAAUGGUGUAAAAGUGUACACUGAAAAUGUGGACAAAAGGCAGAUCAUUUUGGAUCUUCAGAUCAGCUUUGUUGGCAAUUGUGAAAUUGACUUGGAGAUCAAAAGAUACUUCUGCAGAGCUGGUGUGAAAAGUAUACAGAUCCAUGGUACUAUGAGGGUUAUCCUGGAACCGCUGAUUGGAGACAUGCCCCUAAUUGGAGCACUAUCCCUUUUUUUCCUUAGGAAACCUCUUUUGGAAAUUAACUGGACUGGACUGACCAAUCUUCUGGAUGUUCCAGGUCUGAAUGGCUUAUCAGAUACAAUAAUAUUGGAUAUAAUAUCCAACUACCUGGUCCUUCCAAAUAGAAUUACAGUCCCCCUUGUCAGUGAAGUGCAGCUUGCUCAGCUGCGCUUUCCUAUACCAAAGGGUGUUCUAAGGAUACACUUCAUUGAAGCUCAGGACCUGGAGGGGAAAGAUACUUACUUAAAAGGGAUUGUCAAAGGAAAGUCAGAUCCUUAUGGAAUCAUCCGUGUGGGCAACCAGAUUUUCCAAAGCAAGGUCAUCAAAGAAAAUCUUAAUCCAAAGUGGAAUGAAGUUUAUGAGGCCUUAGUGUAUGAACAUCCAGGACAAGAGCUAGAGAUUGAGCUUUUUGAUGAAGAUCCAGAUAAAGAUGACUUCCUGGGAAGUCUGAUGAUAGAUUUAAUCGAAGUUGAGAAGGAGCGUCUUUUAGAUGAGUGGUUUACUUUGGAUGAAGUGUCCAAAGGAAAAUUGCAUUUAAAACUGGAAUGGCUCACAUUGAUGCCAACUGCUGAGAAUCUAGACAAGGUGCUAACGAGCAUUAGAGCUGAUAAAGACCAAGCCAACGAUGGGCUUUCUUCUGCAUUGCUUAUUCUGUAUUUGGAUUCAGCAAGAAACCUGCCCCAUAAUCCAUUAGAAUUUAACCCUGAUGGCUUGAAGAAGGCUGCUGUUCAGAAAGCCCUAAAGUCAGGAAAGAAAAUAAACAGCAAUCCCAACCCUCUUGUUUUGCUGUCAGUUGGACACAAGGCGCAGGAAAGUAAGAUUCGAUACAAGACCAAUGAACCAGUGUGGGAGGAAAACUUUACCUUCUUUGUACACAAUCCCAAAAGACAAGAUCUUGAAGUUGAGGUCAGGGAUGAACAGCACCAGUGCUCUUUGGGGAACUUCAAACUGCCUCUAAGCCAGUUGCUGGAGAGUGAAGAUUUAACUAUGCAUCAGCGGUUCCAACUGAGCAACUCUGGUCCAAACAGCACUAUAAACAUGAAGAUUGCACUCAGGGUACUUUCUCUUGAAAAGCAAGCAAGACCUCCAGAUCAUCAACACUCAGCCCAAGUGAAAAGGCCAUCUCUUUCCAAAGAUGCAAGAAAAUCUUCUUUUAAGCCUCAGGUUCCUGUCUCACCACCAGCUGAUUCAAACAAACCAGUCCCAGCUUCCCCAGUGACUGACAGUGAUAAGAAGACUGACAUGGCUGAAAAAAGUCAGCCUCCUAGUGCCAGUCCUCAGUGGCCAACAGAUCUCAGCCGAAGUUCCUCCAGUCUUCAUGCCUCUAACUUCACUUAUUCUCCUAGCCACCUCUCGGUCAAAGAACCAACUCCCAGCAUAGCCUCAGACAUAUCACUGCCUAUUGCCACACAGGAGCUACGGCAAAGACUACGACAGCUUGAAAAUGGAACAACUCUGGGGCAGUCUCCAUUAGGACAAAUUCAGCUAACAAUUCGUCAUAGUUCACAAAGAAACAAACUGAUCGUGGUAGUGCAUUCCUGCAGAAAUCUAAUAGCCUUUUCAGAAGAAGGAUCUGAUCCUUAUGUUCGAAUGUAUUUGUUGCCUGACAAGAGAAGAUCAGGAAGAAGAAAAACACAUGUAUCAAAGAAGACAUUAAACCCGGUGUUCGAUCAAAUAUUUGAUUUCAGUGUUUCCCUACCUGAAGUACAGAGAAGAACACUAGAUGUAGCAGUGAAGAACAGUGGCGGUUUCUUGUCCAAAGACAAAGGGCUGCUUGGCAAAUUACUGAUACCUCUGGCAUCUGAAGAACUUGCUAAAGGCUGGACCCAGUGGUAUGAUUUAACAGAAGAUGGUACUAGGCCGCAUGGUGCAAGCUAGGCCCCUGGGUACUGGGAAUUCACCACGCAUAUUUUUGCCAAUCUUUAUAUAUUUUUAAAGCAUUGCUCUCACAGAUGUACCAAUAUUAUUUUUAUAGCUUCACUGAUUUAGUUCUUAGACACAUCCCAAAUAAUUUUAUAACACUUCUUCAUUUUAUGUAGACAUAACCUUUCUCAUUGUUAAACUUUGUAUUUCAUUUUGCUAAACAAUUUUAUGUGUUACUGUAAUGUGCAAUAGUACAGUAAAGUAACCUUUUGUGUUUAAAAUGAUCUUUAUGGCAGUUGUACCUAUUAGAAAGUGCAAAGAUGAUGUUCUGCUGUUUUCCUGCCUUGUUUUAUAUAUCACCAAUGUAUACUGUACCAUGUAAAUACAUACUAUUUUUUUAUAAUUCUUCCAUGCUGGUUUGAAUUCAGAAGAAAUUAGAUAAAGGAUAUAGAUAUUUUCUUCUACAUGCAUGUUAAUUUCGUUAGAUGAAUCUUUUUUGUCUUUGCAGCACAAUGGUCUUAAUGUUGUUCAUUUUGUGAUAUUCUUCAAAAACAAGUUGCAAAAGGCAUUAUUGCUUUAGUGUGUUUCUGGCCUAGUAUGGCUAGUUUAAAAUGUACAAAACAUUAAAAUUUUAAUAUUUAUAUAUAAAUGUAUUAUUGGAAAAUCAAGCUAUAGAAUAUUAUAAACAAAAAUGAGAAUUCUAUAAAUAAUGUGUAAAGAGAGGAUGAGGUCCAUGAAUCAAUUUAUUAAUCGGGGUUUUCAUUUGAUGGAGUAAGCAUAACAAACAGUACAGAGUUUUAUUAUACAGGUUCACUUGUUUUUUGUUAUUUAUUCCCAUACUCUAUAGUACUAGACGUGACCUUCUGAACAUAUGAGUACAUGGAUUUUUCUAUAUUAUAAACAAAAUGUUUAACUUAGAGCUGUCCUUACCUGCCUUGUUUCAUUGAUUUAUAAGGUAUACAAAUCAGCUUGCAGUGUAGGUUCAUACAGUAGGCAUAUGUACAGGGCAUAUGUUAUUUUUAUUAUAUUAUUCAAUACUAUGCUAAAUAGCAUAUUAUACUAUACCUUCAAUAAUGCUAAAGUGGAACACCAAUAGGUAAGAAGGCAUGAAACUGAGUUGAAACUGACUGUUUUUACAGUUGCUUCAUUGCUACUUAGUGUUUGGUGCAUGAAGAAAAUGCACUUCAGCGCUCCGGACAGGUUUCCUGAGAAGUCCUGGCAUUCUGCUGAAGCAUUGCCAGAGUCUGCUGCAAGGCCAGCACUGAUACAGUUAGCACAUGCUGAUAUGAAUUGCCAGUUGAGAGGUGAGGAGAGAGUAUCAACCUGAACAGUUGAGCUCUCAACUCUAAUGUUAUGAAUUAUGGGGAAACUUUUGUAUCCAGAUCUGGUUUUUCUUUCUUGUAAGUUUUCUCAGACUGUUAUAAAAAUGUGCAUUAUGAAUCCAAGAGAACAGUUCAGCUCUUUCAGAGCUGGAAGCCUCAACCUUGGAUAAGUAUGCAAUUAGACAGACAAAGUAUAUUAUUUAGGUAAGAUUCUAGAAUGAUCUCUCAGAGAAGAAAGAAUUUUUAAAGCAGAAUAAUAAACUCCUGAGACUAGCUUUAUUAUCAAAUGACUGACAGAACCUUAAUUCUAGGUGUAGAAUAUGCCUACAUUACUAGAUGUACCAAAGUGCCUACCAUAGAUGUAGCUUUGUCUUUUUCAAGUUUAAGAAUUGACUCAUUUCAGUUUGUUUAAAUUCAGUUUAACAUGAGCAUUUGUUGCACAGAUGUGUGCUCUCACACACAAACACCUCUAUACAGUGGUAGCCUUCUUAUUGCCACGCUUCAUACAAGAGAGUUCUAGCAAACAGACUUGAAUGGUGAAUUCUGCUGUUGUUUUCUGAUGGAUUGACCAAUAUAGAGAGGUUCUCUGUUUCAGUAAGAAAACUUAUUUCCAUUUGAAGGCUUCACUCUGUAUUGGAAUGUAUACAUAUCUAUAUAUAUACACGCAUCUGUUCACAUAGAAUGUAGUAUACCAUGAAAUAUAUAUAUAUAUAUAUAUAUUUUUGUUCUCCAUUAAAAGAAAUUAGGAAAUUGCUAACUAAGAGAAUUAAUGUAAUGAAGAUGCAGAAAGCUAAAGCUGAUGUAAAUAAAGGAGGUGUAGUUCAGGCGGUGUGAUUGUCUUUUGCCUCAGUUCAGCCAUAGGUGGAGGGACUUUUGCUGUACAUCUUGGCCAGUGACUCCCAGGAGUUUCAUCCCUAGCCAACAAAUAAGCUGUUAGCCUGAUUCAGUGUUUCAAGUCUUAAGUGAACUCUGGGGUCAGAAAAUGUUAGAAGACUGCACUUGAAUUCAAAAAAAAUGCCUAUUUUGUCUUUGAAAGUCUCUAGAGGAAAAAAGCAUGGUGUCAGGUAAAUGUGAGAUGGUAGUACAGAGUGAGUAACUGAAUACAUAGGACAGGUUUUCAAAAUAGCUCAGCACUGAAAAUUAGGGACAGAUUAUUAAGAGGGCCCAGUACUCAUUUAGGAAUUUAAAAUGAAGAGAUUGUAUUUUCAUUGGAAUUCAGCAACUACCAUUCUUAUUGACAAUAAUCAGGAUGCCAAACUCUAGAAACUUUCUCCUGAGUGAAUUUGGAUUGGAAUAAGAUUGCCUAGAUAAGACUCCUUCUGCUCUUGACAGUGGAAACAAAUCUCUGUAUCAUAGUUCCUGAGUCCUGAGUGUUCCAUUUAUAUGGAAGUAGCAAGGAAAAACAUUGUAUUUCCUCUGGGUGAAAAUCCACACCUCAUUAUCAAGUCAAUGUAUUGAAUAUCAGCUGAUAGCUUUUCAUGUAGUUCUUGUUUAUCCUGUGCCUUAAAAUAUGAAGAUGUUUAAGAAAUGGCUAAAAAUAAGGUUUGUUACCUGUAUGUACCAACAUGUGUUCUCUAUUAUUGAAACUGUUUUUAGAAUUACUCUGCUUCACUGACAAGAAAACCAGCUCUCUUAAUUAUAGCAGUUGUAUAACCCAAACUCAAAUCAGCAUGCAUAUCACUUGGAUUUGGAUUAAAAUAAUUUUAAUUUUCUGUCUUAAAUCCUUUAUCAGAGCUGCAGCAAAUGGUGAGAGUUGAAAUGAGAACAAAGGGUAAUCAAUUUUGUACAGAUUGCCUUUUUUGCUCAUGUAAUUCUACAUUAUGAUGCAUGUAUUUAUUCAAUAAAUGGUUCAUAUGGAA